AUGUGUGGAAGGCUCCUAUGGCAGCUGUUGGCUGAGGAUGGCAGGCACGCUACCCCAGUGGGGCGCCUCCUGCUUCCAGUACUGCUGGGAUUCCGCCUGGUGCUGCUGGCAGUCAAUGGGCCUGGAGUCUAUGGUGAUGAUCAGCGUGAAUUCGUGUGCCACACCCAGGAGCCAGGCUGCACAGAGGCCUGUUACGAUGCCUUCCAGCCCCUCUCUCCACUGCGCUUUGGGGCCUUCCAGGUCAUCCUGGUGGCUGUCCCCAGUGCCCUCUAUGUGGCCUUCACCCUGUAUCAUGUGCUUGGGCACUGGGAAGAAUCAGGGAAGGUGAAGAAGGAGGAAGUAAGCUGUGAAGGAGAAGGGAGUGUAGAUGUUUCCAAGGCUGGGAGACGCAGGCUGCUCUGGGCCUACGUGGCCCAGCUGGGGGCUCGCUUGGUCCUCGAGGGGGCAGCGCUGGGUGGGCAGUACCAUCUGUAUGGGUUCAAGAUGCCCAACUCCUUUUCAUGUCGCCGAGAGCCUUGCCUGGGCAUCAUCACCUGUCAUUUGUCCCGCCCCUCAGAGAAGUCCAUCUUCCUCAAGACCAUGUUCGGGGUCAGUGGGCUGUGUCUCUUGUUCACUCUUUUGGAGCUUGUACUUGUGGGUUUGGGGAAAUGGUGGAGGAUCUGGAAGCACAGAUCGGCCUCCGCUAGCUGCUUUUCCUCUCCGGAGAACACCACCAGACCCAAGGAACCGGCCGAUCGUCUCCAGGUGGUGGAAAUGAAAGAGUAG